CACUUGGUAAUCGAGUAACAUAUUAUUAAACAACUUGUGAUAAAUUUAGCUGCGUUACAAGGCUGUCCUCGACAUAGGCACAACGCGUGCAAGGCAAUUUCUUGGUGCAAUGUCGAAAGCAACCCUUCCGUAGGCUGUCAUGCUUAUCUAUUGAAGAUGACUAGUUAUGCGAAGCAGCAAGCACCCAAUAAGCGGGCGCCUAUAGCACCUUUAAGCGAAAGGAGCUCCAGGACGUCGAUUGGGAGCUAUGCUGACAAGUAUAGCAGGACUUCUCAAGCUUUUGGCAGCAGCAGGGGCAUAAAGGUCGGAAAGGAUGAAGUAUCGGAGCUUGGAUCAGGUUCCGACGGCGUCCCAGGGGCCUCGACGAGCACUUGCAGCGGCCCGCAGCCGUCAAAACCCAGUACCUCGGUGGAUCCCCUGGCAGAUCAAGAGAACGUGGCGCCAUGUACAUCGCAGGCGGCUGGACGGUCGUCAGCAUGCAGCAAGCUUGAUGUGCUUGGAGCACGUACGGUAAAGAAAGCUGCACAAGCAGCCCCACCAGCUUCGCCGCCGCGUCCCGUUGUCAUGCGGUGCGCGGCCAGCGCUGUAACAGGCCCGUCAGCUGUACGAGAACUGGUCCAUGCAACUGGCAACGGAAUCUACGAUGCAGUCGGUCUUGGCACGAAGAAGGUGGCUCAGGCCAAACCCGUCGCCACCUGGCGGACGAGGAGCUACAACAGAAACAUGGAGAGCGAGGUCACGCUUAAGCUGAAGCUUAAAUCGUACAAUACCCUUAUCGUGCAGGUGGCAUUUACGGACAGGGAUACGUUGCCGUACGCUGUGCGCUUUUCGCAUGGUGGCGGCCCAUCCGGACCCUUUAAGCAGCUGGGCGUUGAGGUUCCACUGGCGGGCGACGGGGAGCCAAAACUGAAGCAAACCUAUUUGAUUGGGACGUCAAGUGCCCCAGUGCAGCAGUACUUGCGGAUUACGCUCGUGGGUCAUUUGACCUUCCCAAGUCCAGGUCUGCAUGACGUCCGCUUUGUUGAGGUUAUGGUUCCAGGCCCUGGCUUUGUGGUGCCAGCUGCUGAUUCCGUCACUGCAGCGGUGGCGGCUGCGCAACCAGCAGCAGCGGCCCCGGUGCGGGUGAUUCCCCACGCGCCUCCCCUGGCACAGCGGACAUCGCCCCUGCCGUCACCGCUGCAGCCCAUCCUAAACGAGCGGUACACCAGCCCAGCCGUCGCAAAAGCGCUUCCAGCACGGCCUGCGCGCUACGAGCAGCAGACCUCCUCCCUUACGACGGACACUAGCCGGACGGACCCGCGCGACAAAGCCGGAAGAACUCAGACCAGGCUCGGCGACACGGCCAGCUCGCGCGCGCAUGCAGCUUCGCAGCUUGCGGCCCAACAGCGCCGCCAGCAGCAGCUGGCACAGCAGCAACUGUACCAGCCGCUGGUCCGGGGCCAGAGCUUCCCGGCACCCACAGCUGGGCCGGCCCGCAACCGGGCGCUUCCUGACACCUUUUCACGGUCCUUGAUGGGGAUUGGUGAACCGGCCCGCCCAGUUCCGGCCUUUGGCGGGGCCCCGGUUGCCGCCGCGCGUCCGGCCGCUAGCAGCACGUCUGUAAGCCGUGCUUCCAGCAGCAGCGGCAGUACCAUCCAGGUCGGCAGCUUGGACUUCAGCAGCAGCCGGCGGCGUUCCAGCUGCAGCAUGCGCAAAUUCAUGCAGCUUCACACGCCCAUACCGGAGGGGUCUGAGAGCAACCUCGCAACACCCAAGGACAAGCAGGAUGGCAGUGCCGGCGCGUCAACGGCUUGCCUGAAGCGCAUGAUACGGCUAAGCCAGACAUGCGACCCGGCGAUUCCCGGCGGUCUGGUCGUCCCGCUGCCCAGCUGCGACAGCCCUGUUCGUCCGAUGCCCAGCUUCACAUGCCCGACCAGCAACGCGCAAACAGACGCGACACCAGAAGGCAACACUGCGUGUCUCGGUAGCCAAUCGGACGGGGAGUCGGACGAUGACGAGGUCGAGCGCGGCAGCAGCGAAGAGUCGCAGUCGACAGUGCUGCAGGGGCAGCAGCUGCAUGGCGCUGUUGCCCUACUGGGCGGGCAGGAUGAUGUAGCCGCAAGCGUAAGCGCAGAGAACCAGGUCACCGGCCACCCGCAGAGUGCAGAAGCAGACGUUGCGUUGGAUGCAGAGGAUGUCGAGGCCCCCUCGAUAGCGGCUGCGCGGAGCUCCUGCAGUCCAGGGCCCAGUUCGCAGACGGCAGAUGCGGACGUGGACUUGACGGUGGUUAAGCGGUACGCCAUCUCGGCGCUGGACAGGAUGCUGGGCCACAGCCCCAACUCGGAGCGCAUCCGCUCCCGCCUUCCGUCCAUGUCGUUGUCGGAGGCGAUGCAGGAGUACUUGCACCGGAGUUCAGCGGCAAGCAUGGCCGCCCUGGCAUGCUCGUCUGACGCCCAGGAAGCUGCAGGGGCGACCGUGCUGGCCAGCAGCGCAGUUGCUAGCGAAGUAGCCGAGCCUGACGAGCUGGCUGGGAACCUACAGCGUCGGAGCUCUCAUGCUGGGUGCUUGGCGUCGCAUGGGAGCUUCCACGCUGUAGACGAUGUGACCCGCCACAGUGACCAGCCUGCGAGCCACACAGCUGCCAGCCCUCCACAUCCGGUCGAUCCAGAGGCUGCCGCUAGCUGUCAAGGAGCGGGCUCUCCUGAACUGGUUGCAAGCGCUGGAGCACCGUCCCCAGAGCUCGCACGCGCAGCAGGUUUCUCGCCCUCACCUCAGGCUGAGACACCACCUCCACGACAGGCAGUCGACAAUGGUAGGCACACGGCAGCUCCACCGCCGCCGCCGCCCGGGCCACCCCCUCCCCCUCCUUUCACCACUACCGCUCAACCAGCGGCAGCACCUCCGCCACCGCCGGGACCGCCGCCGCCUCCAGUGUGGAAGUCAGCCCCGCCACCACCGCCGGGGCCACCACCACCGCCGGUCGUUAAGGUUGCGGCUCCACCACCGGCGCCACCAGGGCCGCCACCGCCGCCUGUGGUUAAAGUGGAAACGGCGGCGCCACCUCCUCCACCCGGACCACCGCCGCCGCCUGUUAUCAGGACAGCGCCCAUCCCGCCGCCUCCGGGUCCGCCUCCUCCUCCAGUGGUCAAGACGCCCUCGCCCUCGCCACCUAUCCCUCCAGGGCUGCCGCCGCCACCAGGGGUUAAGGCAGGACCUUCACCUCCACCGCUACCGCCGCCAGCGCCACCGCUGUUGCUGCAAGGAGGUGCAGGGCAGCCUUCCCCGCAAGGCCCGCAGGCAGGGCCCUCCCCACCAGGUGUCCGCCCGCCGCCGCCGCCACCUCCACCGCCCUUUUUCCGUGAGGGGGCCCACUUCCCUACGCCCGCGUCUAGCGGCACAUCUGUAGUAGCGGGCCAGGGUGCGCCUGCGAACAGCGCCGCUGCUGACCAGCCCCUGCCAAGCAAGCCCACAAGCAAGCUUCACUGGACUAAGGUGCCGACGUAUGCGGCCAAGAAUAGCGUGUGGUCUGAGGUGACGCCUCUGAAGGUCGAGGUAGACUUCGCAACCCUGGAGAACGACUUCGCUGUUGUGGCCCUGCCUGGUCGGAGCAAGGCAGCGGGAGGCAUUGCGUCGAAGCGUCAGGCACCCGCGGUGUCGAUUAUCGACGGCAAGAAGGCGCAAAACAUUGCAAUCCGGUUGUCCAAGUUCCGUCCCCUGACGCCUGCGCAGAUCGUGGAGAAGCUUGUGAGGAUGACCACAACCGGAGAGACCGUAAUGGAGGAGGAGCAACUGGAGGCAAUAAUUGAGAUGCUACCCAGCGAGGACGAGCGCAAGAGGCUGGAGGCGUAUCACGGAGACAGGGCCUGCCUCAAUGAGGCGGACAACUUCCUAAUUGAGCUCUUGCCGCUAGCCAGCGAACUGGCGCCCAAGAUGCGGCUCUGCAUCGCCAUGGCUUCAAUGCCACGACGCAUGGAGGCCCUGUCAAAGGAGAUUGAGGUGGUGGACACGGCAUGCCGGGAGGUGCGCAACAGCUGCCUAAUGAAGCACUUGCUCAAGCUCGCCCUGGAGAUUGGCAAUUUCCUCAACGCUUCGUCGCCACAAGGCGCCGCCGUCGGCUUUCACCUGGAGACGCUGCUGCGGCUACGUGACGUCAAAUCCACCAACAACAAGGGCCAAACGCUGCUGCACUUUGUUGCCAGGCAGCAGCUGCGGCAGUACCCUAGCGAGUCGCUGGUGCAGCAGCUGAGCUCCUGCCAGGCCGCCAGCCGCCUCAGCAUGCCGGGUAUCUUUGAGGAGCUGCGUAGCAUGCGGGCGAGGCUGAAGGAUCUGGCCGCCAAGCUGCCCACGGACCCGUCUGCGGAGCCUGUCACGCCGUUCCAGGCCACCGGAUGCAGCUUCCUAUGGGAGGCAAUGGGGACUCUCGACGCGGUGGAGGCUGCGGCCAAGGAGGCCGAGCAAGUGUUCAUGCAGAUCCGGGGCUACUACAACGGCAACAACGACCGCACGGACAUGCAGCGAUUCUUCCACGUGCUGUACUCAUUCGCUGUGGACCUGGCGAAGGCGCAUGCAGAGAACGCGGAGUUCGAUGUGCGGGCAGCCAAGGCCAAGGUAGCUGCUGAGCGGACGCCCACUGCAGCAACACCUGGCAGCAUCUCGCGGGGUCUCUCCGGAGGGCGUGUCGGCAGCCGCUUCACGCCUAUCAGCGACCCGGGACCGAAGGCACGAAUCCUCAGCGCGGUGCGCGCUUUCGGCCGCCUGCCGCCGGCUGAGCGCAAGGCCUUACUUACGGAGAGAGGUGCACGGGAGCGCAUUCGGCAGCAGAACAUCACUGUUCGGCAAAGCAUCGCCGGCGUACCUGGCUACGCCGCUCGAAGUCCAGCUGCCACAGGCGUUCCUCCAAGCGCCAGUGCUUCCCUGGGCAACAUCAAUACACCUAAGCAACCUGGCGGGAGCAACCUGGUCAGUCCCGCUGCCGCCACCCCGCCAGUCACCUCCCCUGGAGCUGGCGGCUCGUCGUCCACAACCGCUGAGACGACUCUGGUGCAGGGGCUGCAGCAGUUUAGCCGUGAAGCACUGAUGCGGAUCAGCGUUCCGUCCGGCGACGUCUUGAGGGCGGCAGCAAGGCAGGCUCACCUCUCGAGCGGCGGCGGUGCGGGUCGCCGAUGGAGCAGCGGGUCGGGCACGCCAGGGCAGCGACCUUCAAACACCAGUACACCGGCUGGCGGACGCAGCAUUGGACGCAUCCCGGAGGAAAGCCUUCCUUCGCAAGAGCGCGCUAAGCCCGCGGUGACUUCACCCAUGCCGGCUCGCUCACCGUUCACCCACAUGCGGCCCAAGGCCAUGUCGCCGCCCAAGCUCGACCUCUCCAAGCUUCGCGCAAGUACGGCGGCUGCGGCUGCCGCGGCACCGGACUCGGGCAGCACACGGAAGGUCGGUGUACGGCUGUCCAUGACACGCUCCUCGUCCCGCGUCAAGACGCUGCUCACACCUCGUCUUCAGCAGAGUCGUACACCCCGGCUAGGUGCCGACUCUGGGGCGGACCCCAGCCCCUCCUGCGCGACGAGCAUGGCCAGCACGCCCCUUCCAGAUAGCACGCCUCAUGGCAUGGCUCAGGCGGGGACGAGCGACUUUAUCUCUCCGGGCGCGUUUAGCGACAUCAGCGAUUACGAUGGAGCUGACGGUUACAGGCAGCCGCGUGAGCACUCCGGGCUUCCGCCCUUGGUGAAGGAUCUCUCUCCUUCGCCACAGCUGCCAGUACGGCAGCUGGAGCGGCUCCUCGGCAGCCGGGACCUGAUGCCCGCUGCCAGCAUCAGCGCCGCAGCCACCUCGGAGGCGGAGUGCUCUCUCAGCUCCUUUGCAGCGAACAAGCCGUCCCCGGCUGCCACUGCCGCUGCCGGGUCCAUGGCUCUGCACUCCUCGGGUGUCGGCACACAGACAACACCCGCAUCCUGCUCAGCAGAGUCCGGCUUCCGGCUUGUCGUCGGCACUCAAACCACGCCAAACCUCAACCCCUUUGUCCUGCCGGCUGCCACAGCGGGUCGCUGCUCGCAGGCAGCUGGCGCGUCUUCGCGCGGGAGCCCGCGGGAGUCGCUGGCCUCCCAGUCCAGCAGCGUGAGCCUCAGCAACAGCACCACAUGUGGCGCGUGUCCUAGCGGCUACGCUAGUAAGCAGUUUGCGACAAGCCCCAUGAUGCAGAAGCGACUCGCUGCGGAUGCUGCAGCAGCGGUCGCUCGCCGACGGUCCAUGGGCGAGUUUGGCGGUGGGGCGCCCAAAUCAGUGCCCGCCCCGGCCCCGGCACCACCCGCAGUCCCGACGGCAUCCGCGUCGAGUGUUCGGCCCCCGCUCUCGCAGAGCGGCUGCCGAGCCCCUUCCGCCUCGGCCAUAGGUUGCAUGGCCAAGGGGGCCGCCGGCACCGCCUGCGCAAUCCCAGGCGGGGCCACUCCGACGUCACGCCCCGAGUACGCGCACUGCUCGCCGGCCAUGCAACGCCUUGGCGCCAAGCCUUUGGAGCUCGGAGGCUUAACCGUGCGCGUCACCAAACCCUCUGCGCCUGAGGCCAGUGGGCUGCGUGCCUCCACGCCCGUGCAUCAGCCGUGCGAUAGCGCGAACAAGCGCCCUCAGAAGCGCUCUCGGUCGCAUGACAUCUUUAGCAUCCCGCUGCCCUCCAUCGUGGAUCGGGACGAGCACCCCGCGCUCCUCAGCGCCACCAAGCGCUCCGCUGCGGCCUCUGUGGACCGCAGCGUCAUGCUGCCGCAGGGGUCCCCGGAGCUGCCGCCGCGAAGCCUGCAGCCCGAUUUACACCAUGACGCCUCUCCGGCCACUUCCUCCAACCCAGCCGUCACGCCCCUGUGCACUCCGGCUAAGGACAUUAUGGGCUACGCAAUGGCCUACGCACAACCCAAGAUGGCUGGCAGCACCGUUUACGAAAGGGAUGAGUCAAGCGGGCCGGAUACAGGAACGCAGAGCUCCGAAGAGCCGACGCUUGAGGUCUCGUGCGGCAGCCCUCCAAGGCGAAGCACGGGGCAGGAGCAGGUUGCUUUGACAGGAGCAGCCGAGGGGAACUGCAGGUCGCAGGAGGCGGCAGAUGUUGGCCUUAGCAUGGCACCUGUUGGGCCCGCGGCAGCAGCGGCCCCUCGGUCAUCAAUCGUUGACCUGUGCCCACAAGGCGCAGCUAGGCCGGUAUCAACAGGAAGCGGCGGCAACGCCUCGGGGCAAGAGCGGCAGGCAACGCAUGCAGAUGCGGGAUCCAACACCACCCCGAGCCACUACCCACAUCACAACAUCGCCUUCCAGCACUUUCAGGGCGCCGGCAGCCAGCAGGCUCUGGUUCCGCCUGGAUACCUGCCUGUCUUCACGGUUGGCCCACUGCAGCACCAGACGGACGGCCGACCUGACGCGAUGACCACUGUGUUGCUGGGUUACACGCACCAGGACUACAUGGCAGUGCAGGCCCAGCAACGCGCCAAAGCGGCUACAUGCGGGGGGGCUUCCACGGGGUCUUCGCAAGGCGGAGAGGCACGGGCCCCAGCAGGGGUGAUGGCCGGAUGCCAGAGCAGGGCGGAGCGGGGGCCUGGGCGGCCACCGCUGGCCGCUGCGGCGGGCCGCAUGAGGACGGACGGCGGCACGAGCGGGUGGACGUUGCCAGCAGCUGGGGUUGCGGCUAGCAGGGAAAGCGGUCAAGGGGACACCGCUGUGAGGGACCAGCAGGUUCAGCAGCAAUCGGACCAGCAGCAGUACCGCGGCUUUGCACGGUCUGACCCAGGUACCCUGCAAGCCGCCAGCAACAGCGCGUCAGGGGCCAUGGGAACGGCGACGCAGGUCGCUGCGAACCCGGCUCACCUUGCAGGGUGCGCGGCCGGGUCGGGCGGACCUGCACCGUCGGAGAGCCACAAGGCUAACCUCAUCACGCCGCUGCGUGAGAUCAACACGUAUACGGCUGACUGCAUGAAAGCUGUUGGGCCGCUACAACGAGGGUUGAUGCGGGGCCCGGCAGGACAGGCGCAGAAAGAUGGUCAAGCGCCUGCCAACUAUGUGGGGCCGCUCGCUUACAACCUGGCUGCACGUCGCUCGCGGCAGCUGGACGAGCCCACUCGGAGCAGCUGGGGCGAGGCGCCUGUUCCGGCCUGUCAGGUGGUCAGUGCAGCCGACUGGGAAAGCAGUGACAGCCAGGCGGGAGUGAUGGCUGCAGACGCCAGCGUCCCUCCCCUACAUCACACCGUGUCAAUGUCCAGCGACUUUUACCGCCCUCCGCGGAACGGCGUGCAGCCGCAAUGGGCAAGCAGCAGGGACGGCACACUCGUGCAGGGGCUGGUCGCAUCCGGUACGGCUUCCCACGUCACGUACACCUUCUCCGCCACCGGGCCUGUGGCCGACCCUGUACGCGCCGUCGUUAGGAGGAGCUCCGAAGCAUCGGUGCCGCAGCCGUCGAACGGGCGCUUAGCCUUUGUGGAUGACGCUGCCGUCGGCGGGCGGCGUGCAGCUACCGGCGAUGUGCCGGUUGUGAGCUCCAGCGCUGGCGGGGGCUCAACUAAGACAGCCAUGGAGUUGGGCACUGGAGAGCGCGGCAUGCAGCCUUACGAGCCUGAGUACGUGUGAUGGCGUUGUUGAGGCAUUGUUUGGAGAGGCCAGGCCUCGUUGGUGUACGUUGUCAGCGGUGUGCCUUGUGAGGUAUGACUGAGCGGUUACGGUGGAAACAGGAUUUUAGGGGGUUGGGUUCUGCUGUAAUUGAAAAAUACUGACACUGUACUGUUGUUAGGCUGG